ACACACAGACACACUCUCUCUCUCUCUCCAUGUCUCACUGACAACAUCCCCACUUAUUUACAUUGCAAAAAUACUCUUCUUUACAUAUCAAUCAAUCUCGUUCAGAUUGUUAUCUAUCUAUCUGCACCACAUCUGAUGUAAGUACAGUGACUAAAUUUGGAAUCUUUGGCCGGUUUGAUCUAAACCGUAAAAAAUCUCACCGUUUCCACUUGAUUCGUUCCGUGAAUCAGAGAAUUAGUCUACAGCAUAAUUGAGCUGGUGUGCUUCUUUGGUGGGGAAGAAGAAAGAUGGAUAUGUGUUGUAAAGUUGUAGUCUUUUUCGCAAUCUUGUACACUGUGACGGCAGAGAUUUACAUUGUGACUAUGGAAGGAGAUCCAAUCAUUAGUUACCACGGUGGUGUUAAUGGUUUUGAAGCUACUGCUGUGGACUCUGAUGAGAAAAUCGAUACCACUAGUGAAUUGGUGACUUCAUAUGGGCGUCACCUUGAGAGGAAACAUGACAUGCUUCUUGGAAUGCUCUUCCAAGAAGGAUCAUACAAAAAGCUUUACAGCUACAAACACCUCAUCAACGGAUUCUCAGCUCAUCUCUCCCCUGAUCAGGCGGAGAUGCUUCGUCGCUCGCCUGGUGUGAAAUCCGUGAGCAGAGACUGGAAAGUGAGGAAGCUCACCACACACACACCGCAGUUCUUGGGGUUACCGACCGAUGUGUGGCCGACAGGUGGUGGCUACGACAGAGCAGGGGAAGAUAUUGUGAUUGGGUUUAUAGACUCUGGGAUCUUUCCUCAUCACCCUAGCUUUGCCUCUCACCAUACAUCAGUUCCUUAUGGCCCUCAUCCUAGUUACAAAGGGAAGUGUGAGGAUGAUCCUCGUACUAAGCUUAGCUUCUGCAAUGGGAAGAUCAUAGGAGCUCAGCAUUUUGCUGAAGCUGCUAAAGCUGCUGGUGCGUUUAACCCUGAUGUUGACUUUGCUUCACCUAUGGAUGGCGAUGGACAUGGAAGUCAUACGGCAGCUAUUGCAGCUGGGAAUAAUGGUGUUCCGGUGAGGAUGCACGGCUAUGAGUUUGGAAAAGCAAGUGGGAUGGCUCCUCGUGCUAGGAUUGCUGUUUACAAAGCUCUCUAUAGGCUUUUUGGAGGGUUUGUAUCUGAUGUUGUUGCUGCCAUUGAUCAGGCUGUUCAUGAUGGAGUUGAUAUAUUGAGCCUCUCGGUUGGUCCAAACAGUCCUCCAACUACUACAAAGACAACCUUCUUAAACCCAUUCGAUGCUACACUUCUUGGAGCCGUGAAAGCUGGUGUAUUCGUUGCUCAAGCUGCUGGAAACGGAGGUCCAUUUCCGAAAACUCUGGUUUCAUACAGCCCUUGGAUAACUACUGUUGCUGCUGCGAUCGAUGACCGCAGAUACAAGAACCAUCUGACCCUCGGAAACGGAAAAAUGCUUGCCGGAAUAGGACUAUCUCCUUCUACUAGACCUCACCGUUCUUACAAGAUGGUCUCAGCAAACGAUGUUCUGCUUGGUUCUUCUGGUGUGAGAUACAAUCCAUCAGAUUGCCAGAAGCCAGAAGUUUUGAAUAAGAAGUUGGUUGAAGGAAACAUUCUGCUUUGUGGGUAUUCUUUUAACUUUGUUGCUGGCUCAGCUUCCAUCAAGAAAGUUGCUGAGACUGCUAGGCAUCUUGGAGCAGCUGGUUUUGUUCUUGUUGUUGAGAAUGUUUCUCCAGGAACAAAGUUUGAUCCUGUCCCUUCUGGCAUUCCGGGGAUUCUCAUCACGGAUGUCUCUAAGUCAAUGGAUUUGAUUGAUUACUACAAUGUCACAACUUCAAGAGAUUGGAUGGGAAGAGUAAAGAGCUUUAAAGCUGAAGGAAGCAUAGGAGACGGUCUGGAACCAAUUCUCCACAAAUCAGCACCUGAAGUGGCUCUGUUCUCAGCUCGAGGACCCAACACCAAAGAUUUCAGCUUUCAGGAUGCUGAUCUCCUCAAACCAGACAUUCUUGCUCCAGGCUCUCUCAUCUGGUCUGCUUGGUCUCAGAACGGAACAGACGAGGCUAACUACGUCGGUGAAGGAUUUGCACUGAUCUCUGGCACAAGCAUGGCUGCACCGCACAUCGCCGGUAUAGCUGCACUGGUGAAACAGAAGCAUCCUCAGUGGAGUCCAGCCGCCAUCAAAUCAGCUCUGAUGACGACUUCAACGGUCAUGGACCGAGCAGGGAGGCCUCUCCAAGCGCAGCAGUACUCUGAAACAGAGACGAUGACGCUCGUCAAAGCAACUCCGUUCGAUUACGGUAGCGGCCACGUCAAUCCAAGCGCCGCUCUGGACCCUGGCCUCGUCUUCGACGCAGGUUACGAGGACUACUUAGGUUUCUUGUGCACCACGCCAGGUAUCAACGCUCACGAGAUAAGGAACUUCACCAACACUCCUUGCAACUACAGAAUGAGACACCCUUCGAACUUCAACUCGCCGUCUAUAGCCGUCUCUCAUCUGGUGAGGACGCAGACGGUGACGAGGAGAGUGACGAAUGUUGCGGAGGAGGAAGAGACGUACACGAUCACAUCGAGGAUGGAGCCGUCUAUUGCUAUUGAAGUGAGUCCUCCUGCGAUGACGCUUAGAGCGGGGGCUUCUAGAGAGUUCUCGGUGACUCUGACGGUGAGAUCAGUGACCGGAGCUUAUAGCUUCGGAGAGGUUACGUUGAAAGGAAGCCGUGGGCAUAAAGUGAGUCUCCCAGUGGUUGCCUUGGGACAAAAGCGAUGAAGAAAAGAAUGUGAUGUGAGGUUUUGUAAUAUUAUUAUUGUUAUUUUUGUAAUACGCAGUAAUAAUAAUAAAAAAAUAUUAGUUUUGUCUGAGUAAAAAAGGAAUAAUACAGUUUGUAUAAUUAGUAAUAUUUGUUUGCUUUAUAAGAA